AUUUAACCAGUGUUCAAGGCACCCACCCACAAACCCUACCCUAUAAACCAAAUUCGCAAUCCCGUGUUCUCUACCCUUCCCAUUCCAAUUUCGAGAGGAAUUCAUUUGAAUUAGGGUUACUCUUUUUCUUCGUUUCAUCAUGGACGCUCAGAGAGCUCUACUCGACGAACUCAUGGGUGCAGCGCGCAACUUGACGGAGGAGGAGAGGAAGGGGUACAAGGAAGUGAGUUGGGACGAUAAGGAAGUGUGUGGAUUCUACAUGGUGCGCUUUUGCCCUCACGAUCUCUUUGUCAACACGCGCAGUGAUCUCGGACCUUGUCCCAGAAUACAUGACCCGAAGUUGAAAGAAAGUUUUGAGAAAUCUCCAAGACAUGAUGCAUAUGUACCGAAAUUUGAAGCUGAACUUUCUCAAUUUUGUGAGAAAUUGGUGAUGGACUUGGAUAGAAGAGUAAGACGUGGGAGAGAACGUCUUGCUCAAGAGGUAGAGCCAACACCACCACCACCACUGACAGCCGAAAAAUCUGAACAGCUAUCUGUGCUGGAGGAGAAAAUUAAGAACCUUCUGGAACAAGUUGAAUCUCUUGGUGAAGCGGGGAAAGUUGAUGAAGCUGAAGCUCUUAUGAGAAAGGUGGAGACACUUAAUGCUGAGAAGACAGCCUUAACGCAACCUCAAAAUGAUAAGGUGUUGAUGCUUGGUCAGGAGAAGAAGAUGGCACUCUGUGAAAUAUGUGGUUCUUUUCUUGUGGCAAAUGAUGCUGCAGAAAGGACUCAGUCUCAUGUCACAGGAAAGCAGCAUGUUGGUUAUGGAAUGGUUCGCGACUUCAUAAAUGAGUUUAAGAUUGCUAAGGAGAAAGCUAAUGAAGAGGAAAGAUUAGCUCGGGAAAGAGAGGCAGAAGAACGGAGGAAACAGAGGGAGAAGGAGUCCGAGAGAAGGAGACGAAGUGAUUCAAGUGACAGGGAUAGGCAUCGUGAUAAAGAUCACAAUAGGGAGCGGGAUAGGUAUAGAGAUAGAGACUCAGAUCGUGAAAGGUCUCGGGAGCAUGAUGUUAGAGGUUAUCGAGAUGGAGGAAGGGGGGUGGAUUAUAGGGCGAGAAAUGGAAGAAAUGGAGGUAGAGACAGGUACCGUGAUCGGAGCAGGUCACGCUCCCCUGGUAAGCAUAGCCACAGAAGGUCUUCUUGAAGUCCAGUUUGCUCAAAUUAGUGGAAUUUCUUGAUAGAUGUCAGAAUUUAAUUUUAAAAAGGUAGUCUUUAAUAUCCCAAGACUUACAUAAAAUGUGCUUUUGGAGAGUUUUUUUUGUCACCUUCAAGGGUGAAUUUACUCUUUUCCCAUCUCAGAGCUUUGUUGAGACUAUACAAUCUCCCUUUCAUCAAUAUUAUUAAUGGAGAAAGGGGUUGAGGUAGGUAUUUCACUGUUGUAACUUUUCUUACAAUUUGUUUUGCACCUUGAUUUAAGUGAUUUAUGACGAUUCAUCUCUGAAGCAUUGUGUGUAGUCUUUCUUUUCUCCCAUUUCUGGAAA